GGGCGGAGCAUACGCGCAUGCGCACGGUGGGUGUCGCCCGGCGCGGCGAUGGAGCGGUUCGGUGCCGGCGGCGGCGCGGGGGGGUAUGAGGCGGCGGCGGAGCAGCUGUCCCGGCAGCAGGAGCGGCACUACCGGCUGCUGUCGGAGCUGCAGGCUCUGGUGAAGGCGCUGCCCAGCCCCUGCCAGCAGCGCCUCUCCUACACGACGCUGAGUGACCUGGCGCUGGCGCUGCUGGACGGGACCGUCUUCGAGAUCGUGCAGGGCCUGCUGGAGAUCCAGCACCUCACCGAGAAGAACCUCUACAGCCAGCGGCUGCAGCUGCACAGCGAGCACCGCGGGCUGAAGCAGGAGCUGUUCCACCGGCACAAGGAGGCCCAGCAGUGCUGCAGGCCCCACAACCUGCCGCUCCUCCGCGCCGCCCAGCAGCGGGAGAUGGAGGCUGUGGAGCAACGAAUUCGAGAGGAACAGCGAAUGAUGGAUGAGAAGAUCGUCUUGGAACUGGACCAAAAAGUGAUAGACCAGCAGAGCACUCUGGAGAAGGCUGGGGUGUCUGGCUUCUACAUCACCACCAACCCACAGGAGCUGACUUUACAGAUGAAUUUACUGGAGCUGAUUCGGAAGUUACAGCAGAAGGAAUCCGAGUCUGAGAAGGCUUUUUCCUGAACGAGCAAAUCCACUGUUUACUUUCCAGAGUUUUCUUCUGACUUCCCUCUAAAGAAUAGACUGUUAAUAAUGCAUUUGCUUUAUAUUCUGUCAGGAAGAGGCUACUGGCUGUAGAAGAAAUAGCCGAGGCCCUUAGAUAGCCUCAGAGCCGGGGCUGGCUGGUCGGGGAGCAGCAGGCUGCCCCUCCGAUUCUCGGAGCAAGACGCGUGCUGCACGUCUCGCUAAGACGAGAGAUGAUGGAGGGCGUCGAUCUGCCACGUGCAGCCUGCAGCGUCCCGGAGGCCGCUCGCUAAGCCGAGGGAGACCGAGGCAGCAAACCUAGCCUGGCUGUAUGUGGGUGACCCCUGCGUUGAGGUAAAUCAUGCUGAACGGGUGAGCGAUGUGAUCUCCAAAUUGCAAUUUCCUCUUCGGAUUCAAGGAGGAGGAGCAGGUGUCUCUGGGGAGUGGGCGAGGUGAGUAGCUGCUGUAUGGGACAGGGAAGCAAAGUGGACUCGGUGCCGCCUCGCCAUGGCAGAUGGUUGGCAGCUGGGGAAGAAAGUCCAAAGUUUAUCUACAAGAUGCUUCUGUGUGUGUUGAGGCAGAAACAGCCUCUUAAACCGGCAGGCCCUUCCCAGAGAGACCUCUGGGCAGACACCGGCAUCAGCUUUACGGAAGGAGGAUUUCAGACGUCUGCCUGGCGGUACUGACUGUGACGUUCGCAGGGUUCCCACCCAACUCGAAUAGCGGAGAAGGCUCGAGAGCUUUUGCUUUGUUACGUUAAACCAGUUUCCAAAUGGAAAGAAAUAAAAUACUCUGUGCUGCCUCCCA